UUUUGCGUCAUCCCCAACUUCCUCUUUUUCUGUGGUUAGCUCAGCAUGAUGGUGUGACGCUACUCACCAACCUCUUUUCAUACUUCUGCUGUACAUAUAUAGUUUAGCGGAUUCUCCAAACGGACACAGUGGCAGUUGCAGAUCUCACAACUCUUUAACAGCAGCCAAGCACACAGACCCCCGCGUACAAAGUAUUGAUGCCAUGCCGAGUCUUGUCGUAUCACCACCAAGGGAGCUGCUGAACCUCAACAUGGACACUGAUAACAAGAAGAGGGGAGGAAACCUGAAGUCCCGGCUGCAGUGUAGAUCAUCUCAAGACGCUAACACUGAAGGGCUUUGUUUCGAGGAGAUAUCCCAAUGGUCGCACUCACUAGAGAGGCUUUUAUCAUCCAAAUAUGGCAUGAAGAUAUUCCAGGCCUUCUUGAAGUCAGAGUUCAGUGAUGAAAACAUUGAGUUUUGGCUGGUGUGUGAGGACUAUAAGAAGAUGAGGUCUUCCUUCAGGAUGUCCUCCAGGGCCAAAAAGAUCUUCAAACGCUACAUUCAAGCCGAGGCUCCGAGAGAGAUCAACAUUGAUCAUAAUACCAGAGAGCUGAUCAGGCGGAACAUGAAGGCGCCCACCACGCUGUGCUUCGAUGAUGCCCAGAGGAUCGUCUACGGGCUAAUGGAGAGGGACUCCUACCCACGUUUCCUCAGGUCUGACAUCUAUCAAGAUCUUAUGGACUCUACUUCAAGCAUCUGUGCAGAUGCAAUUAAAACCAGAGACACUGUGUUUGUAGAAGCUGUACAGUGAAGCUGAGCCCAGUGCUAGACUGCCUGAGAGAAUAUGUGGUGUGUGUUUGCUUGUCCUGUGAACACUGGUGGUGACUCUUUAACACCGAAAGCACCAAAAAGAACGUAUGUUACUUUCAACACAUUGAUUCCUUCCUUCUGAGUUGGAGAAGACAUGCUUUUGGGUUGGCCAAGGCCACAUCUGACUGUGAUGAAGAGGAGAAACCAGCUCUGCCAUAAAAAAGUGGAAGACAGUUUGUUGACGUCGAUGUAAUGGGAAAGGAUGGGUUGAGACCAAAAGUGGUGACAGUUGUUGUCAAGAAAAGGACUUCCCAGAGAUGUAUGUAGCGAAAAUGCGAGGGACUUUCUGUGUGAGGCGCCAGGAAGUGUAUGUGGUGCAAGCAACACUCUCCCCGCCCAUGAUGCAAGUGCACAAGCUAUAGUAGCACACCAUCUGCAGUUUAUUGUUAUCUCACUAAAGCAAUAGAUAAGUAGAUGCUAUCUUCAUGUGGAUCUUUAUGCACAGUUUUAUGCAUUUAAAAGUGUUACAUUCUGACAUCAGUGCUGUCAUACUGAAAUAACUGAUGUUACAAUUAUUAUAAUUUGUAAUAAGCUAUAUGUUGUGCAUGUUUGUGAAAUAUAUGAAUGUGAAUAUUUUGUUGGAUUUGUACAUAUUUAAUAAAAUAUACAUAUAUACUAUGUAUAUAUAUUUGCUUUGAAACGUACAGUGCCACAACAAUAAAAAUCUGCAGAGACACAAACAAG